AUGAACGGCGACACAUAUUCUUCGCGAGACAGCGGCCGACACGGAUCUUCGCGCGACCACUAUGUAAGCUACUCGCACCCGAGCUGCGCAUACUCCCAACUAACUAGGAAGUCGUCGCGAGGAGGCCGCGAUGAUCGUCGAGACCGCGACAAAGGCAGCGGCCGCCGUAGGUCGAGGUCACCAGGACACCGCAGUUCUCGACGGGAGUACGAAGUUGACACCUACUCGUCGAGUCGCGACUACAGGGAGCGGGAACGGGAAGAGCGCUAUUCUGGUAGAGACAGGCGGGAGGAACGAGGCUGGGAUAGGGACCGAGGGGCGAGGAGAGACAGGAGAGAAGACGAAGAAAGGCCGCCGAGGCGCGACCGAGAUCUGUUCGAAGACCGAGGCGGACGAGGUAGACGGGAACGCGAAGGCCCUGGCGGCGGGCCCAAGCAGGAGAGGAAGAGGAGCGCAUCCCCGCCGCCGAAGAAGAAGGAGCCCACGCCGGACCUCACUGACGUUGUACCCGUUCUUGAGCGCAAGCGACGGUUGACUCAGUGGGACAUCAAGCCACCCGGCUACGAGAAUGUUACGGCAGAGCAGGCGAAGCUUUCUGGCAUGUUCCCACUGCCCGGCGCACCCCGCCAGCAACCAAUGGAUCCCAGCCGCCUCCAGGCGUUCAUGAACCAGCCUGCUGGCUCUGCUGGCAACUCAGCCCUAAAACCGUCCAAUUCUCGACAAGCGAAGCGCUUGUUCGUGUACAACUUCCCCUCAACAGCAACCGACGAAACCAUCAACGACUUCUUCAACCUGCAGCUCAAUGGUCUGAACGUUGUCGUUGGCGUAGAUCCAUGUCUCUCCGCUCAAAUCUCGAAGGACAAAUCUUUUGCCUUACUUGAGUUCAAGACUUCAGAGGAUGCUACUGUGGCCUUGGCGCUUGAUGGCAUCACCAUGGAGGACAACGAUAACAUGGAGACCACCAACGGCAACGCCAACGGCGAUACCGCAGGACUCACGAUCCGCCGACCCAAGGACUACAUCGUGCCGGCUGUAUCGGAGGACGCGGAUUAUCAGCAAGGCGUGGUCUCGAACAUUGUGAAAGAUAGCGCGAACAAGAUCCUCAUCACGCACAUCCCCACAUAUCUCAGCGAAGAACAGGUGAUGGAACUACUUACCUCGUUCGGCGAGCUCAAAGCAUUCGCGCUCGUAAAGGACACUGGCACCGAGCAGUCACGGGGCAUCGCCUUCUGCGAGUACGUGGACCCAGCCACUACAGAUAUCGCAGUAGAAGGCCUCAACGGCAUGGAACUUGGCGAUGAACAUCUCAAGGUACAAAAGGCAUGCGUCGGCGUGCAACAAGCCGCUGGCUUGGAGCUAAGUGUCAAUGCCAUGUCUAUGCUUGCUGGGACGACGUCCAAUGAUGUAGAGGAGGGUCGCGUGCUGCAGCUUCUCAACAUGGUCACGGCGGAGGAGCUGAUGGAUAAUGAUGAGUAUGAAGAAAUCUGCGAGGACGUUAAAGAAGAAUGCGAAAAAUACGGCCAAGUGCUCGAGUUGAAGAUCCCGAGACCGGGUGGUGGCCGCCAGGGCGCGGGUGUCGGCAAGAUCUUCGUCAAGUACGACACGCCGGAGUCGGCCAGGAAAGCCCUGAGCGCCCUGGCUGGUAGGAAGUUUGCUGACCGGACCGUGGUCGUCACGUUCUUUGGGGAGGAGUACUUCGAUGUCAAUGCCUGGUAG